AUGCUACGUUGUGGUGAUGUGUUAGCUGUCAACGAGCUGAGUGACCCGGAGAAGAUGAACAAGGAGGAGCGAGUCAUACAUGCUCAGUUGAUGAAGCUACAUCGCAGGUGCGGACAUCCUGGAAAUCGUGCCUUGGUCAAUUUGCUUAAGACACGAGAAGUUGACGCGCACGUUAUUCGCAUAGCACAGCAUCUUCGAUGUGAUGAAUGUCAAAAGAUGAAGGUCAGUGAACCGCACAAUGUGGUGAGCCUGGAUAGAUGCGAGCAGCUGUGGCAUACGCUGCAGUUGGAUCACAUUGACUUUCAGUGGAAUCAGGAGAUGAUUCAUGUUCUGGUUAUGACUGAUGAGGCCAGCCAGUACACUGUGAUUCAGGAGAUGCAUCGUAGACCAGUGGAAGAAUCCCGAAAUUCCACUACAGCUGAGGUCAUCAAGGCCAUCGAACUGUCGUGGGUGAUGCGUCAUGGAUAUCCAAGUCGCAUACGUCUCGACCCGGAGGGAGCCUUCCGAGGAACUGCCCUUGGCAACUGGGCAGCAGAAUGUGGAAUAGAAAUGGACGUAACACCGGGUGAAGAUCAUGCACAGAUCGGUGUUGUGGAGCGCAUGGGUGGAGUUCUGAAACAUCAUGCCCAUGUCAUGUUACAAGGAGAACCUCACAUGGAUCCAUUUCGAGCCUUAGUCCUGAUGGCUGCUGCGCACAAUGAAAAUCAGUUUGUCAAUGGGUAUACUCCGAUGCAGUGGGCAUUUGGUCGUCAGUACAGUCACGACAGACGCCUUUUUGAUGGAGGUCAU